AUUUGCAUGUCCUGCUGUGCAGGAAAAUUCUCUGCUCUAGCAGAGUUAUCAAAUUAAGAUAGUACAUUGAAGUAGUGGAUAUGACACUAACAGACUGACAGUAGUGGGUGUGACACGAAGUUGACAGGCUGAUGUGUUCUGUGUCUUUCAGUUCCCAGACAACCUGCCGUGCUCUGUGUGUCUGCAGCCGGCUCCAUCCGAUGUGGGCAAGGUGAGUAACACAGCCAGCAGCAGCCUUUGUAACAGAAUUCAUGUUGGCAGUACGGUAUUCUAAAUUCUCAACCUCUCUGUUCACAGCGCUGCGCAGUCGAGUUCGAAGUAAAGGCUUUCUGUGCUGAGAACCAAGACGAGAAAAUCGAAAAGCGGUAAAUUCAGACUCACAAACAACUAGAGACACCAACCAAAGUACAGUCCACUUCUGGAUGCUGUUGAAGUGUAAUGUACACUACCAGUCAAAGGUUGACACACUCCAUGCUUUACAGUAGGAAAUACACAUGCGGAGAUCAUCCGUUCACCCACACCGGGUCUCACAAAGCCAUGGCGGUUGGAACCAAAAAUCUCAAUUUUGGGGUCCAGACCAAAGGACAAAUUUCCACCGGUCUAAUGUCCAUUGCUCGUGUUUCUUGGCCCAAGCAGGUCUCUUCUUUUUAUUGGUGUCCUUUAGUAGUGGUUUCUUUGCAGCAAUUCGAUCAUGAAGGCCUGAUUCACACAGUCCCUUCUUAACAGUUGAUGUUGAGAUACGUCUGUUACUUGAACUCUGAAGCAUUUAUUUGGGCUGCAAUUUCUGAGGCUGGUAACUCUAAUGAAGUUAUCAUCUGCAGCAGAGGUAUCUCUGGGUCUUCCAUUCCUGUGGUGAUCCUCAUGAGAGCCAGUUUCAUUAUAGAGCUUGAUGGCAAAGGGUGGCUAUUUGAAGAAUCUCAAAUAUAACAUAUAUUUUGAUUUGUUUAAUACUUUUUUGGUUACUACAUGAUUACAUAUGUGUUAUUUCAUAGUUUUGAAGUCUUCACUAUUAUUCUACAAUGUAGAAAAUAGUAAAAAUAAAGAAAAACCCUGGAAUGAGUAGAUGUGUCCAAACUUUUGACUGGUACUGUAGUUCCACCAGUCCCAAUUCAUAUACUAUAUUGUCUUUAGUUGCUCUGAAUAUGUGUGUGUUCUGGUUUACUGCACUACAGGUCCAAGUCAUUGCAUUUCAGAAUCAAGUGUUGUCCUGCAUGACAGUUCUUCAUCAAGCCACCAGGUUACUGACCGUUGCUCUCGGUCUCCCACAGGAGCUCCGUGCGUCUGGCCAUCCGUAAGAUCCAGUACGCUCCGGAGGAUAGUAAGACCGUCCCGUCCUCAGAGACCACCUGUGAGUUCCUCAUGUCGGACAAACCUCUGCACAUGCAGGUCAGCCUGGAGAAAGAGGUGAGUUGUCCUUCAGAGAAACCAGUGAGUCAGCUUCAGUUCCUCACCAUGGGCUAGAAUUGUAGGAGACAAACCUUUGAACAUAGCAGAGUGACAGCAGCCCUGCAAGGUUUAAAAUGAAGUGUUUAGUUCCAAAGUUUUAUAUCCACCAACUUUCACACUUGUUUUUUCAUCAGAAAUGAUUGCUUAUAGGUACCUACAUGUGAGUUUAAAAUAUUACUUUCUCUGAUUUUUAAUGAAAUCAUGUACAUAUUACCUAAAUUACCUCGACUAACGCCGCACAUUGACUCGGUACCGGUACCCCCUGUAUAUAGCCACGUUAAUGUUAUUCUAUUGUGUUACUUUCUUUUUACUUUCAUUUAUUUAGUAAAUAUUUUCUUAACUCUUAUUUUUCUUAAAAAUGCAUUGUUGGUUAAGUGCUUGUAAGUAAGCAUUUCACGGUAAGGUUGUUUCUGGCGCAUGUGACAUUUUUUUGUUGAUUUGAAAAUGGGUUUUGUUGCAAAACGCUAUAGCCAUUGUUAAACUUAGCUAAGGGGUGGUCAACAUACCCAAUUGUUUUAUUUUUUUUUGGGGGGGGGGGGGGGGGCUUGAACGUCAAAAACUAGAUAAAAAGAAUGUAGAAAUGAUAAUGGACCUAUAUGUUUUCAAAUAACUGACCUUUUUCUGGCCCGCAAAUUGCUUUUGAUUAUCAAAUCGGUCCUGAAAAACAUCUGUGCGGGCCUCCGAUGAAUUUUGAAAUCCCAAUGUGGCCCUUGAGCCGAAAUUAUUGUCCACCCCUGGUUUAGCUGGAAUGGAAUGAUAAUAUCCUGUAUAUUUGACUGUGAUCUGUGGUUGUCACACCUAGCGAGCUUAAGAUGAAUGGACUAACUGUAAGUCGCUCUGGAUAAAAGCAUCUGCUAAAUGCCUAAAAUGUAAAACGUUAAUAUUUUAACAUACAGAUCUCAUUCCUGUAUUGAUUCAUUUUAAUAUAUAUAUAUAUAUAUAUAUAUAUAUAUAUAUAUAUAUAUAUAUAUAUAUAUAUAUAUACACACACACACACACACACACACACACAUACAUUACCAGUCAAAAGUUGGGACACCUACUAAUUCGAGGGUUUUUCUUUAUUCUUACAAUUUUUUACAUUGUUGAAUAAUAGUAAAGACCUCAAAACUAUGAAAUAACACAUGUAAUCAUGUAGUAACCAAAAAAGUGUUAAACAAAUCAAAAUAUAUUUUAUAUUUGAGAUUCUUCAAAUAGCCACCUUUUGCCUUGAUAAAAUCUUUGCACACUCUUGGCAUUCUCUCAACCAGCUUCAUGAGGUAGUCACCUGGAAUGCAUUUCAAUUAACAGGUGUGCCUUCUUAAAAGUUAAUUUGUGGAAUUUCUUUCCUUCUUAAUGCGUUUGAGCCAAUCAGUUGUGUUGUGACAAGGUAGGGGGGGGGGGGGGGGGGGGUAUACCGAAGAUAGCCCUAUUUGGUAAAAAAACAAGUCCAUAUCAUGACAAGAACAGCUCAAAUAAGCAAAGAGAAACGACAGUCCAUCAUUACUUUAAGACAUGAAGGUCAGUCAAUACAGAACAUUUCAAGAACUUUGAAAGUUUCUUCAUGUGCAGUCACAAAAACUGCACACUUGAUUGGAGUCCCCCUGAGGAAAAUUCAAUUGAUUGGACAUGAUUAGGAAAGGCACACACCGGUCUAUAUAAGGUCACACAUUUGACAGUGCAUGUCAGAGCAAAAACCAAGCCAUGAGGUUGAAAAAAUUGUCCGUAGAGCUCCGAGACAGGAUUGUGUCGAGGCACAUAUCUGGGGAAGGUUACAAAACAUUUCUGCAGCAUUGAAGGUCCCCAAGAACACAGUGACCUCCAUCAUUAUUAAAUGGAAGAAGUUUGGAACCACAGACUCUUCCUAGAUCUGGCUGCCCGGCCAAACUGACCAAUCGGGGGAGAAGGGCCUUGGUCAGGGAGGUGACCAAGAAUCUGAUGGUCACUCUGACAGAGCUCCAGAGUUCCUUUGUGGAGAUGGGAGAACCUUCCAGAAGGACAACCAUCUCUGCAGCACUCCACCAAUCCGGCCUUUACGGUAGAGUGGCCAGACGGAAGCCACUCAGUAAAAGGCACAUGUCAGCCUGCUUGGAGAUUGCCAAAAGACACCUAAAGGAAUCAAACCAUCAGAAACAAGAUUCUCUGGUCUGAUGAAACCAAGAUUGAACUCUUUGGCCUGAAUGCCAAGCAUCAUGUCUGGAGGAAACCUGGCACCAUACCUACGGUGAAACAUGGUGGUGGCAGCAUCAUGCUGUGGGGAUGUUUUUCAGCAGCAGGGACUGGGAGACUAGUCAGGAUAGAGGGAAAGAUGAACAGAGCAAAGUACAGAGAGAUCCUUGAGCGCUCAGGACUUCAGGCUGGGGCGAAGGUUCACCUUCCAACAGGACAACGACCCUAAGCACACAGCCAAGACAAUGCAGGAGUAGCUUCGGGACAAGUCUUUGAAUGUCCUUGAGUGGCCCAGCCAGAGCCCGGACUUGAACCCGAUUGAACAUCUCUGGAGAGACCUGCAAAUAGCUGUGCAGCGACGCUCCCCAUCCAACCUGACAGAGCUUGAGAGGAUUUGCAGAGAAGAAUGAGAGAAACUCCCCAAAUACAGGUGUGCCAAGCUUGUAGCGUCAUACCCAAGAAGACUCGAGGCUGUAAUUGCUGCCAAAGGUGCUUCAACAAAGUACUGAGUAAAGGGUCUGAAUACUUAUGUAAAUGUAACAUUUCCGUUAGUUUUUUUUGCAAAUAUUUCUAAAAACCCGUUUUUGCUUUGUCAUUUUGGGGUAUUAUGUGUAGAUUGAUGAGGGGGAAAAAAACUAUUUAAUCCAUUUUAGAAUAAGGCUGUAACGUAACAAAAUGUGGAAAAUGUCAAGGGGUCUGAAUACUUUGAAUGCACUGUAUAGUGUUAUAACGAUGUGCAAAUAGUUAAAGUGCAAAAGGGAAAAUAAAGAAACAUAAAUAUGGGUUGUAUUUACAAUGGUGUUUGUUCUUCACUGGUUGCCCUUUUCUUGUGGCAACAGGUCACAAAUCUUGCUGCUGUUAUGGCACACUGUGGUAUUUCACACUGUGGUAUUUAGGGGAUGGCUUUGUUAUGGAAGGUUUGGGAAUCGCUUCCUUUUAAAGGUGUUUGUAGAAUUUAACAGCUCUUUUCUGGAUUUUGAUAAUUACCAGGUAUCAGCCUAAUUCUGCUCUGCAUGUAUUAUUUGGUGUUUUACGUUGUUCACGGAGGAUGUUUUUGCAGAAUUCUGCAUGCAGAGUCUCAAUUUGGUGUUUGUCCCAUUUUGUGAGUACUUGGUUGGUGAGCGGACCCCAGACCUCACAACCAUAAAGAUAAUGGGUUCUUAAACUGAUUCAAGUAUUUUUUGCCAGAUCCUAAUUGGGAUGUCAAAUGUUAUGUUCCUUUUGAUGGCGUAGAAGGCCCUUCUUGCCUUUUCUCUCAGAUCGUUCACAGCUUUGUGGAAGUUGCCUGUGGCGUUGAUGUUUAGGCCGAGGUAUGUGUAGUUUUGUGUGCUCUAGGGCAACGGUGGCUAGAUGGAAUUUCUAUUUGUGGUCCUGACAACUGGACCUUUUUUGGAACACCAUUAAUUUUGUCUUAAUGAGAUUUACGAUCAGGGCCCAGGUCUGACAGAAUCUGUGCUGAAGAUAUAGGUUCUGCUGUAGGCCCUCCUUGGUUGGGGACAGAAGCACCGGGUCAUCAGCAAACAAUAGACAUUUGACUUUAGAUUCUAGUAGGGUGAGUCCGGGUGCUGCAGACUGUUCUAGUGCCCUCACCAAUUUGUUGAGAUAUAUAUAUAUAUAUAUAUAUAUAUAUAAGAGGGUGGGGCUCAAGCUGCAUCCCUGUCUCACCCCACGGCCCUGUGGAAAGAAAUGUUUUUUUUGCCAAUUUUAACUGCACACUUGUUUGUGCACAUGGACUUUAUAAUGUCGUAUGUUCUUCCCUCAACACCGCUUUCCAUCAAUUUGUAUAGCAGACCCUCAUGCCAAAUUGAGUCAAAAGCUUUUUUGAAAAAUAAACAAAGCAUGAGAAGACUUUGCCUUUGUUUUGUUUUGUUUGUUUGUCAAUUAGGGUGUGCAAGGUGAAUACGUGAUCUGUCGUACGGUAAUUUGGUAAAAAGCCAAUUUGCUCAGUACAUUGUUUUCACUGAGGAAAUGUACGAGAGGAUUUUCCCAAGGUUGCUGUUGACGCAUAUCCCACGGUAGUUAUUGGGGUCAAAUUUGUCUCCACUUUUGUGGAUUGGGGUGAUCAGUCCUUGGUUCCAAAUAUUAGAAGAUGCCAGAGCUGAGGAUGAUGUUAAAGAGAUUAAGUAUAGCCAAUUGGAAUUUGUGGUCUGUAUAUUUUAUAGCUCGGAUGCUUUCUUCUGUGAUAUAAUAGCGAGAGGUGUCACUCUUGCCAAAUUCUGUCCAGUAUAAGCCCAAUGCGUUUUUAUGGGAAUAAUAUGCAGACCUAAGCUUGUCGCCUGCCUUCUCGCCUUUGGGACAAAGACUUCCAUUGUUAGGGCGGAGACAUGAGGAUCUCGUCAUUAUAUACAGAUUUCUGGUUUCAGCCUCUUCCGAAUUGGAAAGGAAAGUUGGCGGGUGCACAGUGUACUGUUAGGAUGCUGCAUUGCCCUAAAGUAAAUGUAUGUUUUGCCAAAAUUAUAUAGUUACUCCUGUCUAAAUAAAAUACUUCAAAAUACUUCACCAGGGAGCAUGACUUAGCCACAGAGGAUCAUUAGUUUUUAUUUAUUUUCAUGUUCUGUAUUGUUUCAAAUCACCAGUGUGUUUGGGCAACCCACGAUUUGGGUAGUGCGCGUGGCAAUAGGUCUAGCUGAUUGAGUUGCGUCUGUCAGUGAAAAGCGUCUAAAAUAUGUGUUUAGAUAAUGUGUCUUGAGUAUAAUUUGCAUACAUUACGUAGGAAAGUGCCCAUUUGGCAAAGUUUGAUUUUCUGAUUGUUUUAACUCACCACAUACACCACAAAUGUUUUUCUGCGCCUGACACAAGUCAACAAAGUCUGGUUUUUAACAUCCAUUGCCAAUGAUAAUUCCUCAGUAUUUGAAAAAUCUUUCCAACACUCCCAGCCUCAAAUAAUCACCAAGCCGUGUGAAAGAGCAAAAUAUCAUGAUCUGAUGAUCCCAUAUAUCCAGUGGAAACGUAAUAAAAAACAGCUUUCUGUUCGGAGCUCACUGGCGCAGUAAACUGAGGGCCCAGAAUAGGCUGGUUGAUACAAUGUUGCAAGUUCGCUAGAGACAGUGUUGGGCCGGACCAAGUGAUGAUUUGAUACAAUGUUGCACUUCACUAGCAAUAGCUCAAGUCAAGACAGAUAGAAAGGGAGGCAGACAGGCGGAGUAGAUAGAUUGUGAUUGAAAGAACCAGAAUUUAUCCGGAUAUUUUCUACUGUUUUAGGCCUAUGUAUUUUACUUAGUUGAUGAUGGAAGUUAUACAAUUUUGAGAAACAAAAACACUAUUGAAAUGAAACUGUGCAUAUAAAAAUAACCAUAACUGGCACGCAGAUAGGUAGAAAAUGUAAACUUCCCCAAACUUGAAACUCACAAGCUCCUAUGGUCUUUACUAUUACAGCCAUUAAAACAUAGGAGGUCCGUGAAAAAAAAAAACUGCAACAGAUUGGCUAGUGAAACUCACACUUGGCACUCUGAUUGGACCAGCAAACUGUCAAUCAACGCAGGUCGAGUGAGCUAGCUAACAGAUUGCUGAUUUGCUGUACAGCUAUAGGAUCGGGUGCAGCACAAAGGUCAAAUUGUAGGGAUAGAGGAUUGCCAUAAUAAAUAAAUGAUUUUUAAAAAAUGCUGAUCAAGAAUAUUUACUGUUUACUUUGUAAGCUUACCAACAAUUACUAGCAUAGGCAUACUGGUCUUUUGGUAUGUAACAAUUGCUUGAAAUUGAUCAUUUACUUCUGAAGCUUGCAUUUGGAAUUUGUUGUUAAAAUUAAUAAUUACAGUGGCGAAGACACACCAUAGGAGUGGAGUGCUUUUUUUGCUGAAAUAUUUGCCUUUCACACGUUUAAAUGCAUAGGCCCUAUGUGGUAAAUCUAAUAGUACAAUAAUUGCUAGCGUUUCAUCAUUCUAUCCCUGUACCGUUUAGUGCAACAUGUAGGCAUUUUUGUUUCAUGUUGAUAGGCCAACGAUACAUUUUCAUUUUAUAGCCAACCAUUUCUUACCCUGCUCUGAGUGGGCGGGAUGUUUAUAGUACAUAUGAACGUUCGCAAGACUCAUGAGGUAGAAGUUAUGUUUAUUUCAUUCAAUGUCCUUUGUUCAUAUUUCCCGUGUUAUGUCGGAGUUCCGCGUGUCUGUUGCCGCGUUCAAAACAACUGGGAACUAGGGAAAAAAACGAGCUUCCGACUGGGGAAAAAAAAUCGAUUUGAACGGUCAUCCAACUCGGAAUUCCAACUCGGGAACUCUGGCCUCUUUCUAGAGCUCUGACUUUCCGACCUGAAGAUCACUGACGUCAUGAUUUGAACUUGUAUUUUUCACAGUUCCAGUUGUUUUGAACACUGCAUGUGCUCUAUGUCUCGUGUCAUUUUUGUUGUGAGUAAUAGGAGCGCGCGCGCCUCAGUGCGCAUAGAAAUAGGCUACGUGACCUGCGCUCCACGCUUUGGCGUCCGAACGUUGAAUAAGAGAAAAUGAUUGUUCCAUGUAUGCAUGGUGUUGAAAUAUCAUUAAUAAUCAUUAAUUUGAUUAAGACGAAUGUAAGUAACAAUAGAUGUGGAAAUUGCCUUUUGCAUUGUAGAACCAGUUUAUUGGUUGUAACUGGCAAUUGGGUAAUUGUAUGGACCUGGGGGUCAAGUGCUUAUAUUAUGUAGGCCUACCUGUUUGAGCUGCUGUUAGACAGAUUCAAGUUGGUUUCUGUACAGUAUUUCCUUCUACCAGUGUCAGUUCAGAUAGGACAGGUUAAACCUGAUACAGAGGGUAUUUCUUUUGGGCUAUUGCCCGUGUAUAUUUGGUAAAUCUACUUGUAUAUUUUGUAUGAUAUGGCGCUUUCACCAUUGGAUCACCAAGACCUAUCAAUAAAUCUACACUCUGAGCACGUCAACCUGCCUUUCAUUCUGCUGAUUUAAUGCCCUUACGACAAGGUCCAUAUUUUACAGUUACAUAGGGUAAUAAAGAUAUGUUGUAGGCAAAACAAUGAAAUGGACUGCCUGGUAGCCUCAAUUAAUAGACAAAGAUUUGUAGUUGAACAAGUCACUGCAUGUAUAGAUUUUAUUUUUACUUGAUUUGAAACUUGACUUGGUUUAGAAUGCAUGACUUGAAUUUGACUCGUGUCUUGACCCGUUCUACUUGGGACUCUACGUGAGACUCGGACCUUGUGACUUGAGAUUUGCUUGUGACUCGAAUAAUAGUCCCACCUCUGUCUUUUUCGCUCUCUCCCUGCAGACAUAUUACCAUGGUGAACCAAUCAAGGUCAGUGUCAACAUCAACAACAGCUCCAGCAGAUCACUGAAAGACAUCACUGUUGCAGGUGAGAAUGUUGUUGUUGUUUGGUGGUGUGGUGACUUGACGUGACCUAUAUGUUCAUUCUGCCUGCUUGUGUCUACAGUGGAGCAGGUGACCAAUGUGGUCCUUUAUUCCAAUGACAAGUAUGUUAGGGCAGUUGCCCUAGAAGAGAGCUCGUAAGUAUAUAUAUAUCAAUCAAUCUCUUAUUGCUGAUGAUUUGUUUUCUUUAUUGGUCCAAAUAAAAGUUGCAACAUGAAGAUGGUAGAAUCACAAGUAAGGCAGCGUAGUAAUCUUCUUAAGUUUCCCCACAGAGAUUCAGUGCCCUCUGGCACAACCCUGAAGAAGGUGUACACCCUCAUUCCUCUAUUGGCUGCUAACAAGGAAAGACGAGGUAUUGCUCUGGAUGGGAAACUGAAGCAUGAGGACACCAAUCUGGCUUCCUCGAGCAUGUGAGUGACCAUCACUACACUCUGCUGCUCAAAAAUCUCACACUGGUUUACAUUUACAAGAUGGCAGCAGAAGAUCUCUAAUAUUCUGACCUGCCCCCCCUCUCCCUUCCUCUCUCAUGCCUGCAGUGUGAAGGAGGAAGUCCUAAAGGAAGUGCAGGGUAUGCUUGUGUCCUACAAAGUGGUGGUUAGGCUCAAUGCUUCUGGGUGAGUAUGUGAAUCUACUAUAGCUAGCCAUAGCAUAUAUAUACACCAUAACUAAGCCCCUAUGUUAAGUAUUCUUAAUAAUACUACUUCAUUUAAUCUUCAUUUAAUCACCUUAUUUCCUGAUCUAUUCUCAAAAGGAUGGUGGGAUCUAGGUAUGGCUAAUUUCACAUUUUCUUUUUUGUCAGUCAGUCACACUGUAAAACAAAUCUAGUUCUUUCAACUAAAUAUUAUUAAGUAACAGGUUCCACUGGCUUUUUUUUUAGUUUAUUCAACUUUUUUGGUCUAAGUGUUACCGGAACGUAACAUUUUUUCUUGGCACAAACUUACCUCCGACACGAGAAAAUGUAGGCAAAAAUUCUGUCAACGUAAAAUGAUUGUUCAACUAGAAAUUAUUAUUUGGGCAUCUUACCUGUGGAACUAGUUACACACAGUGCUUUUAACAUACAAUGUUCUCAGCUUAUAUAUUUGACACACUUUGACGUAUAUGAUUACAUUGUGCAUGUUCAUUUGUACAGUAAUUAUUAUUCAACAUGUCCUCACCUGGGAUUUGAACUCACAACCUCUUGGUUCAAAGCAUUCUAAUCUUCCUGCUAUGCCACCCAGUGGAGGCUCUUCAGAGGAGGAAGGGGUGGACCAUCCUCCUCCAACUUCAUAAAAAUAAAAAUUGUAAAACUAUACUAAAUAUAUUCACAUGUGACCAAAUAAUUGAUUAAAAUACACUGUUUUGCAAUGAAGGUCUACAGUAGACUCAACAGCACUCUCUAGGGUAGCGCCAUGGUGUACAUUUUACAUUUGAGUCAUUUAGCAGACGCUCUUAUCCAGAGCGACUUACAGUUAGUGAGUGCAUACGUUUUCAUACUGGCCCCCCGUGGGAAUCGAACCCACAACCCUGGCGUUGCAAGCACCAUGCUCUACCAACUGAGCUACACAGGGCCGGAGGACAGCUAGCUUCAGUCCUCCUCGGAAUACAUUGACUUCAAUACAAAACCUAGGAGGCACUUGGUUCUCACCCCCUUCCAUAGACUUACACAGUAAUUAUGACAACUUCCGGAGGACGUCCUCCAACGUAUCAGAGCUCUUGCAGCAUGAACUGACAUGUUGUCCCCCCUAUCAAAGGAUCAGAGAAUGAAUCUAGUAAUGAAGGUAUAAGCUACAGCUAGCUAGCACUGCAGUGCAUAAAAUGUGGUGAGUAGUUGACUGAAAGAGAGAUAAACAAUAGUUGAACAGUUUAACAAAUUAAUUUCUUCAAAAAUGAAUGAGAAGCAAGAGAGAGAUUGUCAUUUAUUUUUCAGUUUCACUUACUUAGCUAGCAAAUACAGAUGGCUAGUUUAGCCUACUCAAUCACCCGGCUCAAACAGAGGGAUGCUAUGUUAGCCAGCUGGCUAUGACUAUCCAAAAUGACACUGGAACUCUUCCAAGUCAAGGUACGUUUUUUAUUGCCACCGGGGCCAGCUGGUGUAGCUGCUAAACUGCUUACUGACUAUACAUUUACAUUUUAGUCAUUUAGCAGACGCUCUUAUCCAGAGCGACUUACAGUUAGUGAGUGCAUACAUUAUUUAUAUUUUUCAUACUGGCCCCCUGUGGGAAUCGAACCCACAACCCUGGCGUUGCAAACGCCAUGCUCUACCAACUGAGCUACAUCCCUGCCGGUCAUUCCCUCCACUACCCUGGACAAUGCUGGGCCAAUUGUGCGCCGCCCCAUGGGUCUCCCGGUCGCGGCCGGCUACGACAGAGCCUGGAUACUAUACACUGUAAUGUUACUGCAUGAUUGUAGCGGGUUUACUAACGCAUUAGUUCUAUUAGCUAUGUUGACUAGGACGUUACUUUAGCUAAUAUGGGGACAACGAUGUAGGCCGUGGUUUGGCUUGGAAAGGUUUUUUCGCCUGUUCACAUGCAGCUGAUGUGUUGUGCAUUGAAGUCCAAACGAAGAGAGAAGGUGAGAGGAGGAGAACGCAUAGAUGCGAGAAGGAAUACAAUGUGGCUAUAAAAGUGAACUGUGUUUACACGUGAUCAGGGGUGUAUUCAUUCCAUCGAUUCUGUAGAAAAACGUUUCUUAAACGGAAGUAAACGAAACGGGGAUAAACAUACCUCAAUUUGCAACUGUUGGACUAAUGAUUACACCCUAGAUAAGCUAGAUGCAGGCAAAAGUGGCAGGUAGCUUAGUGGUUAAGUGGUUCAAAUCCCUGAGCUGACUAGGUGAAAAAUAUGUCGAUGUGCCCUUGAGCAAGGCACUUAACCCUAAUUGCUCCUGUAAGUCGCUCUGGAUAAGAGCGUCUGCUAAAUGACUAAAAUGUAAAUGUAAGAGUGUGCAAGGCGGUUUUGAAUGUGUCACUGUCUGUCACUGUGUCACUUCAAAUGUUUCUCUCAACCUGUGUGCACCUACGUUGUAAACGUUCAUUCAUAGGCUAGGUUGUAUCAACCUCAUGAUGGGUAUAGGGAAAAUUAGAGUAUCAUGUAGUAGCCUAAACCUAUCGAUGUUACAUUGAACUGGGUGAAUGGAAUAUGAAUGAGUCAUCCAAGAUGCUGUAAAAGAAAUAAGGAGGCGAAAUAAAUGCACACCUAUUUAAGCAGGUGCUGGCUAACGGAGUAGAACACUUGAGAAAGAAAAGGAGAGCUGCACACUCUAGGAGCUCAGAUGCAAUAAUUUAAUAACCUAAUAACCAACGUGUCGACAGACAAGCGGUCUUCAUCAGGGUAUAAAUGAUUGCAUCUAAGCUCCUAGAGUGUGCAGCUCUCCUAUUCUUUUUCAAGUAAUAGAAAUAAGGCCAUGCUCAUGAAAAAAUACAAAUCGUCCACCCUCAUCAUAAACGGCACUGACUGAAGCCCCAUAAACGGCACUACCAGGUCUGUGUCCAUAACUGAUUUCACCUGUAUUGCUACGCUUUGCACUUCAAAGUAAAUCUCAGCACUGUUAAUAGUACACUCAAGAAAAACUAUUUGAUUGAUCAUUUUGAUUAAGGAGUAACAUUAACAGAGUAAUAUGCCCCAGCAACAGUGGCGACCCGGGGCAGGUGGGGCAUAUUACUCUGCCCACAUAUCAGUUUGCAAACAAUGGAGAAAAACCCCCAAAUAUCCUUGAGUUAAUAAAGCUGCAUACAAACAUGGUCUCUUUCUGAGUAAGGCAGCACCUAAGUGCAGGUGUUUCAGCCUAGCUCAAUACUUUCUGUGAAGGAGGGGCAGCCAGCGAAAGCACAGAGCGUGAAGGCAUUGGCAAUCUUCUCUAGUUAUUCCGUGAUUGGCUCAGAGUUCUGUCCCUCAUGGGGACAUUACGGCACCGCAGAAUCUACAGGGAGAGCUAGGCAGUUCAAGCCUCCUUGGGUGCUGCCGUACAUUUACAGUGGAAGUGCCCGUCCAAGAAGGCUCAAGGUAGUCAGCCACAGAUAAAAUGACGUCAAAUCACGUUUUAUCAACCAUAGCUUUGAUUGGACUGAUCAUGUCAACAUCAUACUUUCAAAAUCUUAGCUAGCUAGCUAGACAAGCAGUCAUCAUCGAUAAUCUACUGGUUUAGCGCAAAAUCGAAAAUGAGUGGUUUGGAAGGAUGUGUGGUGCAAGUCUGGGUUUAAGGAUUUAAAACAUCUGUCAUAAAGGGUCUCUUUUCCGAGCACAGUUUCUGUCAGACCUGGGCCCUGAUAGUAAAUCUUAUAUUUUUUUAUAACCCAACCCUGAUCUGUACAACUUUGUCCCUGACCUGUUUGGCGAGCUCCUUGGCCUUCAUGGUGCCGCUUGCUUGGUGGUGCCCCUUGCUUAAUGGUGUUGCAGACUCUGGGGCCUUUCAGAACAGGUGUAUAUAUACACUGAGAUCAUGUGACAGAUCAUGUGACACUUAGAUUGCACACAGGUGGACUUUAUUUAACUAAUUAUGUGACUUCUGAAGGUAAUUGGUUGCACCAGAUCUUAUUUAGGGGCUUCAUAGCAAAGGGGGUGAAUACAUAUGCACGCACCACUUUCCCGUUAUUCAUUUUUUCAAAAUGUUUUAAACAAGUUAUUUAUUUCAUUCCACUUCACCAAUUUUGACUAUUUUGUGUAUGUCCGUUGCAUGAAAUCCAAAUAAAAAUCCAUUUAAAAUUACAGGUUGUAAUGCAACAAAAUAGGAAAAAUGCCAAGGGGGAUGAAUACUUUUGCAAUAUAUAGCCUCCCUACUGUUAUUUUAUUUUACUGCUGCUCUUUAAUUAUUAUUAUUAUUAUUAUUAUUUUAACUUAUCUAUGUUUUCUUAACUGCAUUGUUGGUUAAGGGCUUGUAAGUAAGCAUUUCACUGUAAGGUCUACACCUGUUGUAUUCGACGCAUGUGGCAAAUAAAAUGUGAUUUGUUUUAGAGAAAUUACAUCAUUGAAUAUUGUAAGAGCUUUCAUUGUUUGCUUAUAUGCCCCUGUUAUUUAUCCUAUGGUUCUGACUUGGUGUACAGGGAGAAUACUGUAAGAACGGCCCACGUUCUGAAUUCUGUUGUGUCCAUUUCAAAAGUACUGAACAAAUAGGCAUAUCGACAAUGUCCGUCUUAGCUCGCUUAUUAUUGUCUUAAUCAAAAUUACGUCUUAUCUGCUUAUCGUUCCGUUAUGCCAUAGUUUGUACUAUGUUAUAUUGCUUAUAUAGGUCUAUCUCAUAAGUAUAUUAUUCAUCAUUUUAGGCAAUGUUGGAAUGAUUCAUUUAAUUGUUUUGCUUACUUUGUGUAUUAUAAUUAGCUCAUGUGCUUUUCUCCACGAGGAGGGGAUACUAUAUUAUGUUGUUGGGUCUGUAACCAUUGCCAGUGACAGUCUCUUCCCAUUCAAAUAUUUCUUUCCACAAAAUGUUCAGUAAUAGACCCACGUAAUUCCAGUUGAUAUUGAGAAGGUUGUUUUGUUUGUGCAAUGCGCUUGUGAUUAUAUUUUCCUUCCUUUUUUAGACGAAAUAGGCCUAAUAAAAUACUUCAAAUAGUAGGCUAACCGUGUCACUCUCUCUCUCUCUCUCUCUCUCUCUCUCUCUCUCUCUCUCUGGUGGCCUCAACAUCUUGCUGAAUUUAUCUGAACUAACAUCUAUCUGAAUUUCUGUUGGCGUCCAUUUCGAAAGUGCUGAAUGAAUAGGUCUACCUCCUCGCAGAUUGUUUGCUUGCACUUGCUUAUACUUAGAGCUAAUUGUUAAUGAUAUAAGAGCAAACAUUAUGAAUUUACUGAACAUAAAUGUAAUAAUGUUUGUGUAUGGUUCAAAAGUCAAAACUAAUGUUGGGAUUUGUUAUUAUUGAAGGAGAAUGCGGUUCUUAUCGAGUUACAGAAAUCCACAAGGAUUCAGUAGAAGCCAUAUUUAUUUAAGCAAGUCAGCCAUAUCAGCUAUGGUUUUUAAAAAGGCAGUAAAUGAGGUUGAAUUAACUGUUUCGCUGCCAGAUGAGGCUCUGCUCAUAGCCAGGUGUAGCAGUGGUAAGGAAAGCUCAGAUGUCGGGACAGCUUUAUGUAGGCCCUAACAGUUUGUGGGCACCGUUUGUCACCCUUAUAGUGCAAUAAAUGUAUUGUUUAGUGUUGUGUUGUGUAGUGUAGUGGCUUUGCUGGCAUGCAUCUAAAAAAAAAUUGGUUGAGUUUGCCCCACCAAGAUUUACAUGCUGAAAUCACCACUGCCCAGCAACAUUAGAGAACUAUACAGAAAAACAUAAAAUAAGUAAAUCAAAUCAAUGAUGAUAGAAUAGUCAUAUUAACUGAUAAUUGACACAGACAUGGUGGCAUAGCAGGAAGAUCGGAAUACCAUGAACCAAGAGGUUGUGUGUUCAAAUCCCAGGUGAGGACAUGUUUGAAUAAUAAUUACUGUAUAAAUGAACAUGCAUGUAUGUCAACUUGUGUCAAAUAUGUAAGUUGAAAGCAUUUGUUAAAAGCACUGUGUGUAACCAGUUGCAAAUCCUUCUUUAGUUAAGAUGCCCAAAUAAUAAUUUAUAAUUUAAUUAACAUAUGAGACAAGUUGAACAAACACAUCAUUUUAAAUUGACUGAAUUUGUGUCAAAGUUUUCUCAAGUUGGAGCUACAUUUGGCCAGUUAAUCUUUUUAGUUUCAGGUAAAACUUGGACCGAAAAGUUGAGUAAACAAAAAAAGAUUGUGGAACCAGUUACUGAAUAAUAAUGAGUUGAAACAACUACGUGUUGUUUUUGUUUUUAUAGUGCAGUCACUCAGUCAUCUAAAUAAAAAUGUGAUUUUGUCUGUCAUACCUAUUUUCACUUUUAUGAAUGUAUUUUUUUUGUUCCAGUGAGGUUGCAGUGGAGGUUCCAUUCCGGCUCAUGCAUCCUAAACCUGACCCAGGUUAGUUCAGGGCCUCUGAAUCCCCAGCCUCCCUCUUUAUGUCCACAAUGUCCAAUAUGUCCACUAUGUCCUUCCACAAAGCUCUCCACCUACACCACACUUCACUCUCCCUUCAUCACCCUCCAUGCUUUCCCUCUCUGAGCCCUUGAUGAAUGACUAGGGCCGGGAGUUUUUCCCCUGGACAGGCCUUUUAAAUAACUGUCUACUGUACACCUUUCUAUCACUCUCAAGCUGCUGUUAGAACAUUUUGCAGUCCGUUACAAGCUGUGUUCAGAGGCCAAUGUAUUUAAUCAGCUUGUCUUAUUGCUGAUUCUUCUAAUUGCUAAAUCCACCCCAGUGACCCCACUGCUGUGUAGACAAACUUAGAGGUAGCUUUGUCAUGUCUGCACAUACCUAAUACGCCUCCAUCCAGAUUACAUUUAGGCCUAUAUAUAGACGACACAAUCUCUUCUGAUGACGUUCUCUUAUGUUAUCCUUUUAUGAUGACCACUUCCUUUCCAUUCCCUUUCCCGUACCUGGAUCUGUUUACAUUAUACAGUUAAGGAGGGGUAAGCUGCUCUAUUUCCGUUGUUUCGUUGUGAUGUCAUUGCAUGCCAACCCCUGUUUUUUCAUGUGUGAUCCAUAGAAAUAGAAAGACAAAAUGUAAUGCUGAACGUCCAUAUUUUACUUCCUGGCAUGGGUACACUCAAUAUUGCCACCAGUCCACCAAUCACGGAUUGUUGACAUGACUGUGGAUGUCCGUUCUAUAGAUUCUAUUUCUAUGGUGUGAUUCCUCCUUUUGCCUGCUGCACCUAUUAUUCAGUGUUAGAUCAUUUUAUUUAGCAUUCUGUUUCUUCUCACUGUGCGUCCUCCCUGUUCCCAUAGUCCAGUAGUACUUGGCUGAAUUAAAAUAGUAUAGUGUCUGUUACUGAAUGCUUCGCUGCCCAGUUUUAUAACCUCCCUUGUCCUAUUUGUAAUUUUCCGAAACUGUAUUCUCAUCGCUAUUUAUGGGCAUGUUAGAUUUUGACACAGAUACAGUACAAGAGAGGGUGAUUAUGUAAGGACUGAGGUGAGACGUGUCAGUAAUGGUUUGCAAUGGUAGAUUCACAUACACUACAUAUACAAAGUAUGUGGACACCCCUUCAAAUGAGUGGAUUCUAUUUCAGCCACAUUCGUUGCAGACAGGUGUUUAAAAUCGAGCACACAGCCAUGCAAUCUCCAUAGACAAACAUUGGCAGUAGAAUGGAAGAGCUCAGUGAGUUUCAACGUGGCACCGUCAAAGGAUGCCACCUUUCCAACAAGGCAGUUCAAAUUUCUGCCCUGCUACAGCUGCCCUGAUCAACUGUAAGUGCUGUUAUUGUGAAGUGGAAACGUCUAGGAGCAACAACGGCUCAGUUGCGAAGUGGUAGGCCACACAAGCUCACAGAAAGGGAUCGCCAAGAAGCACUUGGCGCGUAAAAAUCUGUCCUCGGUUGCAACACUCACUACCAAGUUCCAAAAUGCUUCUGGAAGAAACGUCAGCACAAGAACUGUUCGUCGAGAGCUUCAUGAAAUGGGUUUCCAUGGCCGAGCAGCCGCACACUAGCCUAAGAUCACCAUGCGCAAUGCAAAGCGUCGGCUAGAGUGGUGUAAAGCUUCCCCAUCUGGCAGUCCGACGGUGGUUCCAAACUUCUUCCAUUUAAGAAUGAUAGAGGUCCCUGUGUUCUUGGGAACCUUCAAUGCUGCAGAAAUGUUUUUGUACCCUUCCCCAGAUCUGUACCUCGACACAAUUCUGUCUCAGAACAAUUCCUUCGACCUCAUGGCUUGGUUUUUGCUCUGACAUGCAUUGUCAACUGUGGGACCUUAUAUAGGCAGGUGUGUGCCUUUCCAAAUCAUGUCCAAUAAAUUGAAUUUGCCACAGGUGGAUUCCAAUCAAGUUGUAGAAACAUCAAGGAUGAUCAAUGGAAACAGGAAGCACCUGAGCUCAAUUUCGAGUCUCACAGCAAAGGGUCUGAAUACUUAUGUAAACAAGGUAUUUCUGUUUUUUAUUUCUAAUACAUUUGCAAACAUUUCUAAAAACAUUUUUUCUCUUUGACAUUAUGGGGUAUUGUGUGUAGUCAAGGGGUCUGAAUACUUUCCGAAUGCACUGUACAUACAGCAUACAUUCUAGACGAUGGCAACAGUUUGGGAAGGCCCUUUCCUGUUUCAGCAUGACAAUGCCCCCGUGCACAAAGUGAGGUCCAUACAGAAAUGGUUUGUCGAGAUCUGUAUGGAAGAACUUGACAGGCCUGCACAGAGCCCUGACCUCAACCCCAUUGAACACCUUUGAAAUGUAUUGGAACGCCGACCGCGAGCCAGGCCUAAUCACCCAACAUCAGUGCCCGACCUCACUAAUGCUCUUGUGGCUUAAUGGAAGCAAGCCCCCGCAGCAAUGUUCCAACAUCUAGUGGAAAGCCUUCCCAGAAGAGUGGAGGCUGUUGUAGCAGCAAAGGGGGGACCAACUCCAUAUUAAUGCCCAUGAUUUUGGAAUGAGAUGUUUGACGAGCAGGUGUCCACAUACUUUUGGUCAUGAAGUGUAUACUCACAUACUCACCCUGCAGCAGUGAGCCUAACCACCCCUCUGUAGUGUGUGUGUGUCAGUAGCUGUGUGUGUGCAUGGUCUGAAUAUUUCUGCCCCAUCAUAAUGAUUACAUAAACAUUUUGGCCCCAAUUACAAUCAAAGUUGCCUAUUUCCUCACGUGGAUAACACAUGGUAUGAACUGUAGCAGCUGUGAGGUUAUCUGACACUGUCAGAGAUGGAUAUGAUACUGUACCUGUUAUCACAGAUACAAGAGAAAGAGACCUGACUGACUUUCUCUUUGGACUGAUACUGUUGUCUUGUCUAUGUCUCCUUGUGUCCCUGUCUGUCUCUCUCUCUCUCUCUCUCUCUCUCUCUCUCUCUCUCUCUCUCUCUCUCUCUCUCUCUCUCUCUCUCUCUCUCUCUCACUCUGUGUGUGUGUGUGUGUGCCCCUGUCUUACUCCAUUUCUUCAAAUCAAUGGCUGCGGUGGCAGUGAGUCCGAUGACAUGGUGUUCGAGGAGUUCAAGAGGGUCUACCUGAAAGGGAUCAUCCCUGAUGAUGACGAGUCACCCACCGAGGCAUGA